UAUGUUAUGUCAUGAGCGUUCACGAUUCCCUGAGAUUAUGUACGACAUCAGAAAUCUUCUACGUCGUUCCAUCAGACGGCAGCGGAGUCUUGGAAAUCGAUAGGGCAUCCGGGCAAUUGCGUGUCGUCCGGAAUGCCAAUGCCGUCCCACCCUCAGCCACAAUCAGACAAAUUUAUGGCAUAAUAGGAAUUAUCAGACUCAUUGCUGGUCCUUAUUUGGUUGUUAUCACUGGAAGAGAGAAGGUUGGGACAAUAGAGCAGCACGAUGUGUGGAGAGUGACAUCAACUGACGUCAUUGCAUUUGCUAGGUCUGUGAGACAUUUAUCAGAAAUUCAGGAUCGUCAUAAUAGGACGUAUGUGAAUAUGGUGCAGACGGUGUUUCAAACGUUUGGGUUUUACUACUCGGCUACUUAUGAUGUGACACACACGCUGCAACGAUUGGAGAAUACAACACCGGAGUUUAAGCUUAUGCAUCUUAAUGAAAGAGCUGACCAGCGGUUUGUAUGGAACAGACAUUUGCUCCAAGAUUUAGCAGCUCAACCGGAGCUUCAUCAGUUUACUUUGCCCAUCAUGCAUGGCUUUGUUUCAAUCAAUCGUAGCGUGGUUAAUCAGAAAGAAUUUCAGUUUAUCCUCAUUUCUCGUAGGAGCUGCUACAGAGCAGGUGUAAGGUAUUACAUGAGAGGUGUGGACUCUGAUGGGCAUGCAGCUAACUCAGUAGAAACAGAGCAGAUUGUUGUUUAUCAGGAUGCAAGGACAUCAUUUGUGCAGACUCGUGGUUCAAUUCCUGUUCAUUGGAGCCAAAGGCCAAACCUUUCUUACAAGCCUCAUCCAAAGAUCGGCAAACUCUCCACUCCAACUGUUGGAUGUCAGAGACACUUUGACUCUCAAAUCGCUCUUUAUGGCAGGCAGAUUGCAGUCAACUUGAUAAAUCAAAAAGGUGUGGAGAAACCAGUUGGUGAUGAGUUUAGACGUCAAGUUGACGCAAUGGACAAUUUAAUGGUCACAUAUCAUGCUUUCGAUUUUCAUCACGAGUGUAAACACAUGCAGUGGCAUCGUCUUUCAAUUCUUCUUGGACAGUUAGCAGAUGAACGAAAGAAACAGAAAUAUUUUCUUGUUGAUCAGAAAGGCGAUGCUAUUUAUCUCCAAGACGGAAUCCUCAGAACAAACUGCAUGGAUAGCUUGGAUAGGACUAAUGUUGUUCAAGGGAUCUUUGCAAAGGCAAGUCUUCAGGAGCAGUUGGAGUGGUUUGGAAUUUUGUCAGUUGGAGAGCAGGUAGAGCAACAUCGUGGCUUUGAAUUUCUCUACAAGAAUGUGUGGGCAGACAAUGGAGAUGCACUGGCCAUGCAAUACACAGGAACUGGUGCACUGAAGAGUGACUUCACAAGGACGGGGAAGAGAAGUAUAACUGGCAGUUUACAAGAUGGCUACAAGUCAACUGUUCGAUAUUUCCAGAAUAAUUUCACCGACGGUUUUAGACAGGACGCAAUUGAUUUGGUGCUUGGCAACUAUGUUGUGGAUCCUAAUGAAGGUAUCCAUUCUCCUCUCAAUGAAAGACAAGGAUGGAAAUUGGCUGUCGUCCCUCUUGUCUUGCUCUUUGGAUUCUCAAUGCUCAUUAUCAGUCUACUUAUUCCUGCAACUGAAUGGAUAUGGCAGCUUAUCUAUGUUCUAUUCUGGGGUGUUGCUGUGUUCAUCACAAUGCGAGUAGCUGUAUACUACGGGUACGAACUAGUUGACUCCCCGAGACUUGUACAAACUGCAGACCAAGGUAAAAAUUCAUGA